AUGCAGGAUUCCAAAUGGGGAAACCAAUCCGUUGUGAGCGAAUUCAUCCUAAUGGGCUUCGCCACCACCUCCACGACGGCCCCUCUGCUCUUCUUCUUCUUCCUGGUCAUUUACCUGUUGAUCCUCCUGGGCAACGGCCUCCUCAUCACCCUGGUCCAGCUGGACCAGCGCCUCCAUACCCCCAUGUACUUUUUCCUCAGCUUCCUGUCCAUGCUGGACAUCAGCUACACGACCACGACGGUGCCCCAGAUGCUAGCCCACCUGCUCAGCCAGAAGCGGUCCAUCUCCUUCGCCAGCUGCGUGGCUCAGAUGUACAUCUUCCUGCUGUUCGGCGUCACGGAGUCCUGGCUCUUCUCCAUCAUGUCGGUCGACAGGUACUUCGCCAUCUGCCACCCUCUCAGGUACAAGGUCAUCAUGAGCCGGUGGACGUGCCUACUCCUGGCCGGCAUCUGCGGGACUUACGGCGUGGUGGGCAGCCUGGUCUACACUUACUUCGCCAUGCGCCUCCCCUACUGCGGUCCCAACGGGAUCAACCAUUUCUUCUGCGAGGUCCCCGCCGUCCUCAAGCUGGCCUGUGCCGACACCACCCUCAACGACUGGGUGGACUUCAUCGUGGGCUUCAACGUCAUCGUGGUCCCGCAGUCCCUCAUCCUGGUCAUCUACGUCAACAUCUUCGUCGCCAUCUUGCGGAUCCGCUCGGCCCAGGGCCGUCUGAAGGCCUUCUCCACCUGCGCCUCGCACAUCACCGUGGUCACCAUGUUCGGCCUCCCGUGCAUCCUCAUGUACAUGAGGCCCAGCUCUCAGUCCAACCCCGAGGAUGACAAGAAGAUGGCCAUCUUCUACAACAUCAUCACCGCCUUCCUCAAUCCCAUCAUCUACAGCCUGAGAAACAAGGAUGUGAAAAGAGCUUUCCUCAAGGCGAUAGGGCGAGGAAGGACCUCUGAGUGA